UAUUAUCGUAAGGUACAAGAGAACACAUUUGAAGUUGUUGAACAUUUAAGAUUACCACCGCAUGUGAAACAUAUGGCAGCACAGGUGCAUCUAUUGAGAAAUGCCUCUCAAGUCACAAGAAACCCCAGUACAGAGAACUAACACAAGAUGGCGCUGUUUAUCUAAAGCGCAAUUAGAUUUUUUUUCUGAAGGACCUAGUUGUUCUGGUAAACAAAAGCAGAGAAUCUUAUUGUUGAAAAGAGUUAUAGAUUAAGAUUUUAAAUAAUCGUUUUAUUCGUUUAAUUGACAUUAAAAUAGUUUAUUAAUGCUUAUUCAACUUCAUACGCCAACAGUGCAACCUAAGUGCAGUUACGUUACACAGUUACGUUUCCAAGAUGUUCAAACAACCCAAUCACUCAGCGCUGUUUAUACUUGUAAUUUAUACCUGCGUAUGUUUGGCUUCAAAGCUUUCAGCUGCAGUUUUAGUUUUUUAGUGCAGUUCAAGUACACAGCAAACUCUUAGAAUAGCUUUUGGGCACACGUGCCGAUGUUGUUUACAGCCUCGGCAAGCAUACACACGCUGUGGAGCAUGGAGCAAUUCGGACACGCGAUGCAGACGGUGAAGAAACUUUUUGUGUUAUGGAAAAACAGAGGGGGUGAGGGCGUACCAUGAGGAGGUGUUGGAGGGACCUGCUCCAGUUCUAACAGAGAAGAGAGAUUUCUAUUUUUAGGGAGACUGGAAUGUACACUGUGAGGCCUCUCGAAGGAUUUCUGAACAACAAAUAACAUACCGCGGUUGCCCCAGUCUCUAUAAACAUCCACCUGCCAAACUCAAGUGACUUUCAGAAUCAGAAGUGAACUGUUUUUUGAAAGCAGAGGGACGAGUCUGAGCUCUGCUUGAGUUUUGAUGAUACAUAUUUACAGGACCAUCUAGAAUGUGCUUCAAAUCAUCUGAGACCAGCUUAGAUGGUCCAAUAGCAGAUGUCCUGCAUUUUAAAGACAAAGACCUGAUCUCAACCCUCCUCUUGGAGCUGAACACCUUGAGGAAGGACCAAAAAUUCACUGAUGUUGUUCUUUGCUCUGAGGGCAAAGAGCUCCCAUGUCACCGCAAUGUUCUGGUGUCCAGCAGCCCCUACUUCUACGCUAUGUUCUGCAGCUGCUUCCUGGAGACCCAGAAGCCCCGGAUAGACCUCCAAGGUGUUCCUUAUGACAUCCUUGCCAGUAUAGUAGAGUAUGUAUACACAGGGUCCAUCGGCAUCACCAUGGAGCAGGUUCUCCCUCUGAUGCAAGCCGCCUCUAUGCUUCAGUACGGAAGGCUUUUUGAGGCCUGCUCGACCUUCUUGCAGACCCAGCUCAGUCCAGACAACUGCCUGAGCAUGAUCCGACUCUCUGAAAUCCUGCAUUGCUCUAGCUUGCAGGAAAAAGCGAGAGAACUGGCUGUGAAGAGCUUCUCUGAUGUGGCGGUCUCCGAAGACUUCUGCGAACUGUCGCUACCCGAAUUGGUGAGCUACUUGGAGGACGACAAACUGUGUGUUGAGGAGGAGCAAGUUUUUGAGACUCUUCUAGCUUGGAUCCACCAUGACCCGUUCUCCAGAUGUAGCACUAUCCACGACUUGUUCCGUCGCGUGAGGCUGAGACAUGUCCAUCCUUCCUAUCUUUUCCAGUUUAUCGCCAAUGACCCUUUCGUCCAGUCAUCUUCUUUAUGCAUAGAGAUUAUCGAAUCCGUUCGCCGCCUUCUUUUUUCUGUCGGCACUCAUUGCCCUGGCGAUCUUGAGCCCCUUUGGGCGGUGCCACGACGGAAAAACUGCAAGGAGGCGCUUGUAGUAGUGGGAGGUCGUAAGAAUGGAGAGCGGACGUCUCGUGAGGCGCUGCUCUACGACGAGCAGACUCGCUGCUGGCAGUGUCUCGCAAAAAUCCCGCUGCGUCUUCACCGGCCCUCUUAUGUCUGCAUGCACAGCAUCCUUUAUGUGCUCGGGGGCUUAACCACGACAGCAGGAGGGCAGUGCACACCUACCAACACUGUGUACACGCUUUCUCUGAAAACAAACCAGUGGAGAGUUGGAGAACCCAUGCUGACACCUCGAUACGCCCACCAGAGCUCUACCUACCUGCAUUUCAUUUUUGUUCUGGGUGGCUUGACAGCUGACGGACAGCUGUCAAAUUCGGUAGAGCGAUACGACACCAUGUUCAACCUAUGGGAGGCCAUGGCCCCCAUGCCCACUGCAGUCCUGCACCCAGCUGUAGCCGCACAUGACCAGAGAAUAUACGUGUUCGGAGGGGAAGACGCCAUGCAGAAACCAGUUCGAAUUAUCCAGGUGUACCACAUCGGAAGGAAUCUUUGGUAUAGGAUGGAAACCAGGACAGUGAAGAACGUCUGUGCACCAGCUGCUGUGAUCGAUGAUAAAAUCUACAUUGUAGGCGGCUACACAAGAAGAAUGGUAGCAUAUGAUGUUAAAAGCAACAGAUUUGAAAAAUGUGAAAAUAUGAAGGCCAGGAAGAUGCAUCACUCUGCUGCUGUUGUGAAUGGCAAGAUCUAUGUCACAGGGGGGCGCUUCAUUAACAGUGACGAGAGUGUUGAAGACUCAGACGGCUUUGACUUCUAUGACCCAAAGACAGACUCAUGGGUGUCGAUGGGAACUUUGCCAUUCAAGCUAUUUGACCAUGGCUCAGUAAAUCUUGUCUAUCUCUCUGAUAAGUUUUUGCCUACAUGACUGUAUUAAUGUGACAAUGUCAUAUCAUACACGCUUAAAUGCGUCUGUCUCCAACUAAAAUUCUUGGAGUGCUCUAUUUGACAGAUCAUUCUGAGAAAUAAGAGUAAAAAUGGAGACCGUAUUAAGACCGCAACGCAAUGAGACACAUUUUUCGAAGCUCUCUGUGUUUGCACGGGUUGCCUUUUGAGCGUGUGAGGUUAUUAGUAAAAUAACUAUUAAAAGUUAUUUAAAAGAUAUUUUGAAAUUAAGCUCAGGCCAUGUAGUAGCAGAUAGAAGUAUGAUACUGUUCAGCUUUUAUUUUCAAGUGUCUUUUAGAUCACCUGUUUAAUGAACAAUUAAAUCAUAUUAGUGUUUGCUAAAGAAUACACAUUACCUUUGAACUUGAACAGUUUAAAAUUCUGUAUUACUACUUUGCACUUGACACUGAAUUGUUGCACAUUGUUUGUUUACAUGUACUUUUUAUCUAAACAUUCCUUCUUUUGUAAAUUGAUUAUUUAUUCAUGUUUUUUUCCUCCAAAUAUUUUCUUUUAAAAAUUGAGUGGGACAGGUAUACAUGCAAAAUGAUUUUACCAUUAAAUUCUUCAUAAAAACUAA